AUAAUUUUUUCAUAAAAAAGAAGUGGAUUAAACUAGUGUAUCAUACAUCCAACAACAAUAUCAAGAAAAAUUAUCAAAUCAGUACCAAAAACCCAAAUCAACACCUCCUGCCAAAACUCAGCACCGCAAAAUUAAUCGGAGUUAGCCAAUAUUUCAAUUUUGCUAAAGAGGAAGAAUAAUUAUCUGAUUCCUCCGAUCAUGGCGGAGGGCAAGGAGGAUUCUGAAGUCAAACAUCCUCACCAACCUCUACCUUUUCUAGAGGUGUUGUGCAAGAGUUCCGGCAAAAUUAGGCGUUUUGCUGCCGGAACUGAAGCGCGUUUCGCGGUUAAUUUGAUAAACAAGAAGCUGCUUUCUAACGACGGCGGUGGAGGAAAUUUUUUGCUGGCAACACACAUUGAUGCAGUUAAAGACGGGGAAGAAGAGCCUGUUAGCUUUGGUCCUACUUCUCUGCUUGUGGAUUAUGGGUCGGAUUGGAAGCUGCAAACUGUGGUUGAAUCUAAUGGUGAUAAAGGAGAGGUCCUACAUUGACAGGGAAAGAGUGCCGAAAGCUUAUGCUCAUGUAUGAGGUUUUUCGGUUGUUGAUUUUUCGAAUUUGUGAUUGAGGAGUAUGUAUGUGUUUUAUUCAGAAAUAGCGGUAACGUGGCUUUGAAUGUGGUGUUUCUUAGGUCAUUCUAUUCAUGAUAUGUGGUUUUUAGAAAUAAGUUGAGUCCUUUUAUGAUC